AUGGCGCCUACAGUAACCGAAUUCACAGCUCCAGUCCCACAAGCAGAGUUCGGCAUACUAAAGGACCAUCUGCCGCAAUCACUCGCCCUCUUCCGGCGCCUGCAAUUCACACACUACCCGUCAGGAACAAGCGAGCACGCCCGCUACCUCUUCGCAACCGACAGCGAUGGCGGCCCCAAUGGCGGAGACCGCCAAGGGCAUGCAAACCCACGACACUUCGCCGCGGCCUACCUAGACCUCUCCAAGGGCCCCGAGACAGAGAUGUACUUCUUCUCCAGCCUCGAGGACGCCACAGACCUGACCGCCGUGCCCGACGACGAGGUCGAGCACGUCCUCGACCUCGCCGUCGCGCUGUUCCAGCGCGCCAGGCUCAUCGCGCAGGCGGCCGCCUCGUCGGGGGCGUACAAGCUGUUCCGCGGAGCCAGCGGCGCCUCCGCCGGCGGCGUCAUGGUCGGGGGCCUGCACCAGCCGACGUACGAGCUGCUGCGCGAGAGGAGGGGCCUCACGAGCAGCUACUGGAACCCGCACGACGUGUGGCUGUUCCGGCUGGACAGGCUGCCCGCGCUGGGCGAGGGGCCGGUGGGCCUGCGCGCUGGGGACCCCGGCGGCCAAGGGCUCCGGUGGGAUGUCGUCCGCCGCGAGGAUGUCCCGCUCAUUGCGUCGCGGACGAAGAUCCCAAAGGUCGAGGCCACGCUGAUGAGCGAGCCGAGCGUCGGCGUCAGGGACGCUGCUGAGGCGCUGGUUGCGUGGGGGUUUAUUGGGGUCGCUGGGACGCUGUCUACUUUGCAUGUUGAGGAACCGUAUCGUGGAAAGGGCAUGGCUAAGGCUGUGGCUACGAAAGUGUUACGGGAGCACAGCUUUGGCGACGAUGGCUGGAGUUCAGCCGAUGUGCACAUUGAUAAUGUUCAGAGUCAAGGGGUGUGCAAAGGCUUGGGCGGCGAGAAAGGUUGGAGGACAUGUUGGACUGUUAUCGAUUUUGACAGUAUACCGUAA